AUGUUCAGCGACCCCUACCUCGCUCUGGUCACGCUCUGGCUACAGGCCACUGUCCCUGUGAUAGCCCAGGAAUAUACAGAGACAGUCUGGGGAGUGUUCUCAUACACUAUACAUGGGGACAGUACCCCCAAUAUUCUCGCCGAUGCCGACCCCAGGUUCUUAUCGGACUAUGGAGCUAACCAGCUCGCUGACGCUGGCACAGCCUUUCGGGAGCGCUACCUGUCGUCCGGGGAAAGCAUCGAUGUCACCGAGUCUGCGAUCCAAUACCUGUCGGCAACUGUUCUAGACUCGAAAGAUGUCGAUGUAUUCGCAACGACGGCCCAAUUCGUGAUUGCUUCAGCGCAAGCUUUCAUGCAGGGUCUCUAUCCGCCGCUUGGUCAAUCGGGAUUGGCCCCUUCAGAUACUGGAGGCAGCAGCUCGUCUACUUUGUCGCCGCUAGAUGGAUAUCAGUAUCCUCGGAUUGUCACGCUCGGAAAUGGUGAUCCGCAGUCCAUCAUGGUGGCAGGGCAAGCGGAUUGCAGCAUGCACCAAAUUGCAGAAUCUGUGUACCGAAAUGGAGACGACGCACAAGAAAUCACGCAAAUAACGGAUGCAUUCUACGUGAGACUCUGGAAUGAAGUACUAUCUGGGGUCUAUGCCGAAUCAUCGGCCACCUACAAUAAUGCGGUUGAUAUAUCCGACUAUAUCGAGUACGAGGCGGUGCACAACAGUACUGUCCAAACCCAACUCACCGAGGACGAGAUCAGACAGGCACGCUGGUGGGCGGAUCAUUACACGUACGCUACAAAUGGUCAAAACGAUUCCAACAGCCAAUCUACAAUAAGUGCCGUCAACCCUAUUGCAGGUCAAACCCUGGCAACCAGCAUUCUGCGUGCCUUCGACAUGAACAUCGCUGGAUUCGGCACAGGUCAGAAGAUGACCCUACUGUUCGGCAGCGACGAGCCUGCUGUAGCUCUGGCGUCCUUGUUGGGACUAGCAUCGGAGCAACGACCCAACUUCUAUUCCCGUCCAGCCCGCGGCGCCUCGCUGGUCUUUGAGCUGUACAGCUUUGAGGCUGACGAAGUGUAUCCCACGUACCCGGGCAUAGACAACCUGUACGUGCGUUUCUUCCUGCACAAUGGCACAGACGCCACCGACUUCACUCCAUACCCAUUGUUCGGAUAUGGCCCGAGCCACGAGUACAUCCCGUACUCGGAUUUCCGGUCGGAAGUAGAGAGUUUUGCCGUGCAAUCCACACAAGAGUGGUGUCUCCGGUGCAAUUCGGCUGCGGUCUUCUGCACGGGAGUCUUGGGUGACAGCGCAUCGAACUCCUCGAAGAAGAAGAAAGGAAUGGCUCCUGCCGUGGGUGGUGUCAUUGGGGCUGUGGUGACGCUCGUGGUUAUCGGCUUACUCGCGGCGUUGGGUUUCUUCAUCUGGGGCAGGCGCAAUCGUCAGGGUAACCACAAACCGAGCCUCGGAGGGUUCAAGGGAACGGGUAAGCUUGCGAGUGACACUGAUGUCACGUUCAGAAGCCCUAUCUGGGGCGCUUCCAAGUCUGGACACACAGAGCAAAACGAUGACAUCGUUGGCGGUGUUGUCGUGCGUGGAGACGAGCGAUUGGGGAGCUGGGAGAUGGGACAGCAGAAAAAGGAGAUCGAAGAUGUGGAUUCGACAAGUCAGCGCCAUAUGUCGACCCUGGAGGACGAUAAUGAAGACGAAUGGCACAUCCAUAGUGGUCUUCAGCCUGUAAAGAUUCGGGAGAGUGUCUGA